AGAGACGGUUCUUUUACAUUAUACAAGAACAUCCGGCGGAAGUAGUCAGGCUUUUGUUUUGGAAGGCUGGCAGCCAGUGGCCGCCAUUAUUCUUCGUGGCUUGACGCCCGAGAUAAGACGGUUAAAUAUUUGUAACUAUUAUAUUAAAGCGCAAUCUGCUGCUUUAUUAGUUGUUUUUGAGCCGCCAGUCAGUUGGGUGAGCUAUCCGCGCAUUUUAAGGCCAGAAUGGACAGACGGUCCCAUACAACAGCUGCUGGAGCUUCCCUCCCUCUGGCCUCCCUCCGCCUGCUGGCCUCCCCGCUGCAGCUGACGUAUUCAUACAUAUGGCAGGUCAUACGGCAGAGGAACGUGAAGCAUUACUGCAAAGUAGAGGAGUUUGUGACCAUGGUGACACAGACUGUUCCGGAACUCCUGAGUUUCAAGCAGACUGCGCAACUUAUCCUGGGUUUGAGAGCAAGGAUAAUCUUGGACCUGCUUCAGAAUGACGGCCCACCUGAUUCCAAGACUAUUCAGAACCAUAUUAAUAGGUUAAAGAUAACAUCCUCAGCGAAGGAUGUGGAGGUGGAGAAAUCACAGACCAACUUCAUGGUCCUGAUCCAGAACCUGCUUAAAAAUCCCAAUGAGAGGAAACGUUUCUUUCAAGAAGUUUUCCCUGUCCAGUACGGCGUCAAGUUUGACACGGCACUGCAAGCCUUGAUUGCUGGCCUGGUUUGCAAGCUGGAGCAACUUCUUCCCGUUCCCAAUCUGUCCCAACUUGGUGCCAUGAUCUCAACAGAUGCCACACUCCUGGAUGCAUGUCGGGGCUUCCUCCCCGACCAGGGAGACCUGAAGAGUCUUCUGCAACACCAUCAGGGCAAAGGACUCCUUGGUGUUAAAGCAACUGUCUCAACUUCAGUGGGCGACUGUGUUCUCUCUUCCCUGGCUUUCAUGCCCAAACCAGUAGAAACUCCGCCGCCACCACAGCCACAAAGGCAGCCAGAGGUCACAGUCGUUGACAACAGCCCCGCCUCUCUCAGUGACAGCGAAGAUGUUGGAGGUUUUUCAGAUGAUGCAGCGAGCCCGGCAACCUCUGUUGAUGCACCUCAGCAGGAAGUGCCAAUAAGUCACAAGUCAGCCGCCGGAAACGGAGCAAAGGAAAAGGCCGUGAGGGCAACCGUGCAAAGCCAGAACCUCGAGCAGGACAAAAGUUCUGAACAGCAGCAGCAGGCCGUAACAACUCCUCAAAGCGAAAGGAAGGAUGGAACACCAGCAGCAUCAGAGAAACUAGAGUUGCAACAGCUGCCUCUGAAAUCAAUCCCUUUCAGGGUUGUUCAAGUGCCAGUCAAGACUGCUUCCACCUUAGCGAAAGACAACAAAAAGCCUCAAACCCACCGAGUCACAUUACAUCAGUGGGUGUCACAGAUCGCCACCAACUCGAUGUCUCUCCCAGAACUGCCGCCGCUUCCUCCGGGCAGACUGAGCGACGACGACGACCCAAGGCCGAGCAUAAGACGAAAGAAGCAGUUGAGACACCUGAUUGAUCGAUUUAACUGUACUGUAUGCGAUAAGAGCUUCCCCUAUCAGUCCAAGCUGAUGGACCACGAGCGCAUUCACACGGGAGAGAAGCCCUUUCAGUGCUCGGCGUGCAACAAGAGCUUUCGCACGCAGGCGUUCCUCAACAACCACCUGAAGACCCACAGCACGAUGCGGCCCUAUGCCUGUGGCCAAUGCGGUAAGUGUUUCACCAAACUUCAGAGUCUGACAAAGCACAUCCUCGCCCACAGCGGCCAGAAGCCUUUCUACUGCAACAUCUGCAAUAAGGGCUUCACGCAGUCCACCUACUUCAAGCGGCACAUGGAAUGCCACACGAGCCAGAUGACGUUCCCCUGCAAGCACUGCAGCAAAACCUUCCCGACGGCGUUCAAGCUGUCCAACCACGAGCGAUGGCACACCCGGGAUCGGCCCCACAUGUGCGAGCGCUGCGGGAAGAGGUUCCUCGUCCCCAGCUUGUUGAAGAGACACAUGGGCUACCACAUCGGGGACCGGCAGUAUCUCUGCUCCCAGUGCGGAAAGACCUUUGUUUACCUGUCCGACCUGAAGCGGCACCAGCAAGACCACAUACCCAAAGCAAAGAUCCCAUGCCCCGUCUGCCAGAAGAAGUUCUCCAGCAAGUACUGCCUGAGAGUUCAUCUGAGGAUCCACACCAGAGAGAGACCCUACCGGUGCCCCCUGUGCGACAAGAGCUUCACCCAGGUCGGGAACUUGAAGGUCCACAUCCGGCUACACACCAAUGAACGGCCCUUCAGCUGCGACGUCUGCGGGAAGACCUACAAGCUGGCAUCCCACCUCAACGUCCAUAAAAGGACUCACUCAUGCAAGAAACCCUGGACAUGCGAAACAUGUGGGAAGGGGUUCACGGUCCCCGCCCUGCUCAGGAAACACGAGCAGAUCCACAUAAAGGAGGCGAACCCCGACUUCGCCGGCAAGCGGAGGGUGAAGGGUAAGCACAAGAAGCAGUCCCUAAACAGGAAAUACGACGAGGAAGAAGAGGGCAGCGAUGACACUUAUUAAAGGAGACGGGAUAAAUGAGAAAGCCCUGAUCCGAGUUUAGAGCUUAAUGCCGAUCCCUGCUCAGAUAGGUCAAUGAAAACUGCUUCAGCACAAGACACAAUUUAAAGAUGCCACUGGGCGAGUGGAUUUAUAACUGAAAACAUGUGGCUGAUUAAGGGACAACUGAAUCUUAAGAUUAUAGUUAGAAUGUAGAAUAAAAUGAGUGGCUCUUAUAUGCUUGUGCAUGAAUAAUGGAUUUUCCCCUCGAUAUGAGUUUAUUGUUUUAGCAAAGGCAAAAACUGAAGGCUAGAUUUUAGAAGUUUAGUUUAAAAAAAAAACAAUUAUGCACCUAUGUGGUUUUUCAUAGCUGACGCUCAUGUUUGAUUUUGACUAUUCUGUUUUUGUAAAAACUGUAACACAAAAUAGAGAAAUUCCCUGCAGUUUCUUUGUGCGAGGUUGUAGAUUACACAAUUUUGUAAUUACAACAUUAUCCCCAAUAAUGCAUUAAACACUAUCUCCUUAAUGUUUAUUUUUAAUGAACACAAAAGAGUGUUGACUGAUGUGUUUAUAGGCAGAAAGUGAUCAAGAUUGGUUUUUGUGUGUUUACUGAAUGGAAAAAUAUCUGAUUUUUCACUUUUUCACCUGCUGAUAACCACUCGGAUGAUCAAGGGAAAAUUGGGAGAAUCUGUUCUUUGUCCGAUAGACCAGGAUCUAUUGUUUGAGUAAUGUAAACAGGGUUAAAAAAUCUGAUUUAUGGAAUUUGAGGAGAAAGCAAAUUAGAGAUGCACCCAUCAGGCUUUUCCUGCCUGGAACCAAUUUUCUAUAACACUUUAGAAAAGAAAUGCACAGCAGGUUCUUUGAACAGUAAAUAAUGGAAUUGGAAGAUUAUUCCAGUUCAUCUGAUUUUCAUUAAAGUAUUAGUUGAUGCAUUUAGAUAUCAGAGACGACCAAGUGGAAAUCAUCCAUUUCUAAUCUCUUGCUGAUUGGUGCAUCUCUAGAAAAAUCCAGCAUCAUCCUUUGCAUAAGGGUGUAUUUUUUAUAGUCCACUCGUGUCAUACCUUCUAAACAGUACAUGUUUCCUCAAAGCAUGUGACUUUAGAUUAAUUUUGUUGUUUGCUGCGUAAUAAAACGCUGUACCAUAUGAAUGAAACGUUUUCUGUUAGUGUAUUCUGGUGGAAAUUGUACUUAUCUGCUGUCUUUAUUCAAUCAUAAAUGUAAACCCUUAAACUUUUCUGUUUUUGUUAAAUGCCAUAAGCCCUUUUUGUCUUGAUUUAUGUAUCACAAUUGUGUUUUUCUAUUUUAUGACCGUAAUAGUGGAAACUGACUAGAUUUAAAGGCGAUCACAGCAAAUCUGUAAUUAAAGUUUGCUGUGAUUUUAAUAUUAUGUGUAAGCGGUCAUAUGUAUAUACCCUAGGUAUACCUGUUCUCAGUAUUUUUUGUUUUUCAUUUUUUUUAAAUAAACUAAAAUAAUUGGUUUUGUUGUAACUUAUAAAUGUGUUGUAGGAUAAAUAAAUCUUCUAAAUAAAUAAUAAAAAUAA